AUUUACCGGCUGGCUGAUGAAGCCUGGAGCGGAGAAAUGGACAUGGCAACCUUGAGGAUGUGCUUUCAAGCUAUGAAGGCAUCUGAACUGGUGAUGGAGCCUGGAAUGUUGAACAUGUGCAUGUUCAUGGUUGCUGGAAGAGCGCACGGUGGAGACGCAGGUGUGGAAGACGGCAUGGCCAUAUUGGAAUGGAUCCAUGAAGAGAACAAGACAGCAGGAGGGAUGGACUGGGGACUUGAUCGACCCAAGAGAAUGAAUGGAGAAGAUUAUGCUGACAUGAUCCAUGAGCGACUGAAUUACUCGAGCUGCGACGAGCGGAUGCGAGACUAUCAUCCCUGGACUGACUACGCCGGCAACACCCUCCGAUCUUCGUAUGAGAUACUGCUGUCUGUAAUUCAAGGUGCUGGUAAACAUGGAAAGGCAACCCUGACCGAUGCCCAACGAGUCAUAGACGAGAUGAUUGAGUAUGGAGUUGAGCCGGAUAUGGGCACUUACUCGCAACUCCUGCUGACUGUCGCGAGUUUGGCCAACAGUGGAAGGGCUUCCAUGCGUGACGCCAAUGCGAUCAUGGAGCGCAUGAUGGAGGAAGGAAUUAAACCAUGUACUCUGACUUAUGGAUCCUGGUGUGCAGUCGUUGCGUCUUGUGCCGGCAACGAGGAAGGAGUGACGUGGCGCGAUGGAGAGGCGAUCUUGGAGAUUGUCUACCGCCUAGGAAUCCGACCUGAUUCGCAGCUUUUUUGUUAUAUCAUGAAAGCAGCCGCCAACCAGGCAGAACGAGGAGUUGCAACCCCUUGGAGUCCAGGCGAAUAUGUCUACGAUCCUGUCCGAGAUGCAGAGCACAUCCUCAAGCUGAUGGAUCGUGUAUAUCCCAAGAUGUAUCCUGGAGAUAGCAUUCUGGAUGGAUACAUAGACCUGGUGAAAGCGGCGGUGAAGCGGAACAAAGCUGGUAUAAACGAGGCAAAGCGAAUUUUGCAAGUACUGCAGGAGGUGGAUGAUUCGCUCUGCCACAUCGAGGACGGAACCGUGCGGAUAAGAUCUGAUUGCUGGGAGGACAGACCGAUGGACUUAGGCCCCAACAUCGACUUCUUCAACUCUUAUCUCGAACUAGUCCAGCUCUGCUUCAAUCGCGGGGGCGCGAACCUUGCGGAUAUUUUGCAGCCUGUUUUGCUACUGAAGAACUGGUCCUUGGUGGGGGACUUGAAGACAAAGACGAUCCUCAAGGAUAUUCUGACCCACCAAGAAGAAUCUUGCGGAGGGUGCAGAGAGCACUCGUGCCACCUUCAUGGCCCACAAGUCGAAGAACUCCGAAAGCAGUUGGAGGCGAUGCAUGAUCUUCCCUUUGACCUGAUGUGGCUCCGCUACGAGAGGAAGUACAAACGUGAGCCGUACGUUCAGAGCGUUCCAGGUGUUCGAUUCCGUUACGACGAGGCACCUCCAGAAUGGUUGUACAAGGACAUCUGGGACGGGCUGAAGGCGAUCAACUGA